AUGUCCCUUCCCGUUCUCCCAAGCCCGUCCAACCUCCUCGGCGUCGCCCUCGUCGUCAACAGAACCCGCGACGGCCCAGCCUUAGUCUUCCACUACCCGCCCGAGAUAUCCCCCGAAACUAACGGCCAAUCCCCCACCGACUCCGCCGAAGAUAGCUUCGCCCACGAUGACAUCAUCCUUGAGCGUCUCCUGCAACCCGAACGCUCGCGCCAGCCCCAGGGCCAAGGGGGCUUCCACCACCACCACCACCACUCAGGCCGCGGCGGUCGCGAAGACCACUCCAUCUCCGGCUCCGGAUCGCAGGCUUCCACUUCAUGGGGUUCCGUGGCGGGGUUUCCUAGCGGGGAUCUAGCUACGCUGCUUAGCCCUGCACGGCCUUACCAUAAGAGGCUUUUCCAGGUUUCUCUUGACUCGCUUUAUUUGGUGUCCUGUCCCGUCCACGUGCCUGAUAAUGGCAUAUGGAAGAAGACUAAGAAGCAAGGUCGUUCUAAAUCUCGGACGAAGCAGGUUGAUUCUUCUAUCAACCUGCGGGAUUUGGAGUCCCUCGCCGCCUCGAGAAAUGGAGGCGAGCAGCCCUCAAUAGCCUCGCCUGAGGAGCCACCGCAAAACCCUAGCGAGAAGCAGCCGGCGGAAGAGGAGGAGAAGGUUAGCUCGAUGACCAUGUUUAACGUCGUCUUCAUCCUCGCUCCCAAGAAGCACGAGGUGAAAGAACUCGUUAAUGCGCUGUACUCCAACAUCACCAAGAAGGUGAACAAGGCGUACAAGUACUGCCAGCAACGGAGCGACUUCGUGUGGAAGGAAUCGAAGCAAAUCAUCAGACUAAAGGAAAAGGCUCGCGAAAGCAAAACACCUAUCCAACCACUCUGGAAGGAAAUCCUCGAAGUCUCCUCCCUAGCCUCCUCCAUCCGAGAGAUCUACCAAUCCCUCUCCCAAAACCGCAUCGUCAGCUUCCAGCUCGACACCGCCGCCGGUCCCCUCAGCCUCUCCACCCAGAUCCCCAUGCCCUUCUAUAUCCCGGACGUGGGGCCCGACACCGAGACGGCGCAGCACGGGCUCUGGCUGACGUCGGCGAACACGUACAUCCCCGAGGUGGCGCUCGAGGAGCCCGAAUUUUUGGAGAAGAAUUUCGCGCUGUUGCUUAUGGAUGGCGAGAAGAAGAUUAUUUCGCAGUUGCAGGUCGAUUUGGAUCCGACUACUAUUGCCAUGGUUGAGUUUGUGCGGUUGUGUAAGCCAACAGUGUCACUCUACCAAAUCGGCCAGAGCAACAUCCUCGGCCACAGCCAAGUCCGCAAAUACGCCCACCACUUCAUCUCCUGGCGCCGCGCCAUCGCCAUCCCUCCCCUCCACGCCCGCGACGUCUACAUCAUGUCCCCCAACUGCAAACUCUCCGUCCUGCCCCGCGCCUCCCAGCAAUGGGCCCGCACUUUUCCCGUCGCUCCGCCGCUGACCAACUUCCUCGCCGACCUGUCGUACGCGCCGCGGCCGUACAAGCACUUUUGUCCUAGUAAGGCGCAUCGGCCGAAUUAUCUCUCUAUGUUGGCUUGGUUGAUGAGGGGGGGUUGGGUUACGCAGUUGUGUACGUUUGCGUAUGUCGUUGUUUGGCCGGAGAUUAUUUAUGAGGUUGAGCAUCAGAUAGAGGCGGAUGAGCUUCGCGGCGUGGGCAAACCGUCUCCGUCCUCCGACACGCAGGCGUCUACCUCCCCCUCCGACAAGAACGACAGUCCAUCUCCACCGCAACAACAACAACAUCAACCCUCAUCAUCCACCACCACCACCACCGCCGCCGCAUCACCUCUCAAACCCCCCUCACCAACAACAACCCCCUCCCCAUCCUCAACCCAAACAACAACCACAACAGCCGAACAAAUAGCCGAAAAAGCCCGCCUAGAACGCAUGGCAACCAAAGCCCACCUCAUCGCCGCCGAAAAAGCAACCGCCCACGCCCGCAAAACCCCUCCCACACAAACCCCCCACCCUUCCACCAACGACGCGCCCCACCUCUCCCGCAUCGACCCGUACAUCGUGCUCGACGCCGGGAGGGCUACGGGGAGGGACUCGUUGUAUCUCGAGGCUAUCGGGAAGAGGUUCGAGGACGCGGCGACGAGGGAGGCGUGGGUGAAGUUUUGGAAGUAUUUUGAUGGGAGGUCGGCGUUGGAAAGGGUUGCGCUGCAGGAGGAUAUGAAGAGGAAGGAGGUUUGGAAUCUUUUGACGGGGAUGAGUGAGUAUUUGCUUUGUGUGAGGCAUUGGUGA